AUGCCCACUCUUGGUCAUAUCGCUACGGCUAUUGCUGUGGCCAGCCUCGCGGCCCCUGCUGUCGGGCUUGUGGCGAGGAAUUCCACUGAUGGAUCAUGCACAAGAACCACUGUCGCCAUUCUCGGUGGCGGCAUGGCUGGAGUUGCGGCCGCUCAAGCCCUCACGAACAAUUCGAUAACGGACUUCAUGAUUCUCGAGUACAAUGAUGGACUCGGUGGUCGAGCACGACAUGCAGACUUUGGCAAGCAGGAAGACGGCUCGCCCUAUGUUGUUGAGCUGGGUGCCAAUUGGAUCCAGGGCCUUGGUCGCCCUGGCGGGCCAGAGAACCCCAUUUGGAGCCUUGCCAAGAAGCACGGGCUCAAAAAUACGUAUUCCAACUACAGCUCCAUUCUGAGUUAUAACGAAACCGGGCCUGCUGAUUUCAUGGACUUGAAUGAGCAAUACGCCACAGCCUACGCCAAAGCCUCGGCGCGCGCCGGACGCCUCCUCGCGGAGAAUUUACAGGAUGAGACGGCUCGUACAGGGAUGGCAUUGGCGGGAUGGAAGCCCAAGCACAGUGACAUGGCUGCGCAGGCUGUUGAAUGGUGGAACUGGGAUUGGGAGAGUGCCGCGCCGCCAGAGCAGUCGUCUUUGAUCUUUGGUGUCGCAGGUUCGAAUCUAUCUUUCAACCAGUUCAGCGACGAAAACAACCUUGUCAUUGAUCCCCGCGGCUACAACUACAUUAUCAAACAGGAAGCCGCUGCAUUUCUAGGCAAGGACGACCCUCGACUUCGCCUCAACAAUCACGUCACAAAUAUUACCUAUUCAGAUGACGGUGUCACCAUCCACAGUGACGACGGCAGCUGCGUGUCGGCGGCCUACGCAAUCUGCACCUUUUCCGUCGGCGUGCUCCAGAACGACGCCGUAACCUUUGAGCCCGAGCUGCCGCAGUGGAAACGCACUUCCAUCCAAAAAUUCACCAUGGGCACGUACACGAAAAUAUUCUUACAAUUCAACGAGACCUUCUGGCCCCAAGACACGCAAUACUUCCUGUACGCGUCCCCCAACAGGCGCGGCUGGUAUCCUGUCUUCCAGUCUCUGUCGACCGAAGGCUUCAUGCCAGGGUCCAACAUCAUCUUCGUCACCGUCGUCGCCGACGGCUCGUACCGCGUCGAGCAGCAGACGGACGAGCAGACCCAGGCCGAAGUCAUGGAAGUUCUGCGAGCCAUGUAUCCCAACGUGAGCAUCCCGGAGCCGACGGCCUUCAUGUACCCGCGUUGGACCAAGACACCGUGGGCCUACGGAAGCUACUCCAACUGGCCGGCCGGCACGACUUUGGAGAUGCACCAGAACCUGCGCGCCAACACGGGCCGUCUCUGGUUUGCCGGCGAGGCCACGAGUGCCGAGUACUUUGGGUUCCUGCACGGGGCCUGGUUCGAGGGCCGAGAGGCCGGAUUCCAGAUCGCGUCGGUGAUGCAGAACAAGUGCCUGGAGGUGUACAACAAUACGCAAUUUUGCGGUGAGACGAGAGUGCACUACGAGCAACUGUCCGGGACGUCACCGCUGGAGCAUUACAACGUGCUUAAUGGCUGGGCGACGAGCAACUUCUACUCGAGUGCGGACGAGACCGCCGCAGAGUAA